AUGGUGGAGUAUAUCGAGAACGGACGGCUGGCAGGGCGGAACGAGCCGGUCAUCGGAUGGUACCACUCGCACCCGGGGUACGGGUGCUGGCUGUCGGGAAUUGACGUUGCGACGCAGAAGCUGAACCAGCAGUUCACAGAGCCGUUUUUGGCGGUGGUGGUUGACCCAAAGCGCACAAUGUCGGCAGGCAAGGUCGACCUCGGGGCGUUCCGGACGUUCCCCGACAACCACCAGGCGGCAGGCACGACUGGGGCGGGCGGCAACCAGGGGAAUGUGCCGCUGAGCAAGAUUGAGGACUUUGGCGUGCACUCGGACAAGUACUACUCGCUGGAGGUCAGCUACUUCAAGUCGUCAAUGGACCAGCAGCUGAUGGAGCGGCUGUGGCGGAAGCACUGGAUCAACACGCUGUCGCAGUCACCACUGAUCACCAACAACGACUACACAUCGCAGAAAGUCAAGGACCUGGCCGAGAAGAUCUCGCUGUUCUCCAAGGAGACGCACAAAGGACGCGUCGUAUGCAGGCAUUCUGCGCGAGGGCGAUGCCAUUGCCGAGGAGCUCGCUCAGGGCCACGAGUCGAACAAGCUCAAGAUGAAGCUGUUUGGAGUGAUCGAAGAAUAAGCCGAGCGAGUAGUAAUGGGCGCGCUGCUUCAUGUAGGUAGAUGUAUUCUGGCAUAGUUUCUUCAAAUAUAGCAUAUCACUUGCCGUACAGU